GCUCAGCCCGAGUCUGCGCCAUUGCACCGUGACGCAACCAGCAGCAACUUCUCCACAUACCUACACUUGCUACAGUGCUUCAGUGCCGGCAAGCGUCGAAUUCAGCCUUAUUUGCGAAGAAAAGUGGCGCUAUAGCCGCUCCGCGAGCCCUCGUCGACUAUCCAUCUCUCUUCUUGUCAUUGCUAGUUGCCUGUACUUUCGGUUGAGCCUCAGCCGCAGCCACCAGGCGCAUGAGCGUCAUACAACACGCGUCGACUUUCUCUCCCAGGCUCUAGAGGAACCUUAUUAUAACUACCCUACAUCCUACUGGGCUUCCGGUCGCGCUGCCUAGCUCGCGUACCUCAAUUUCAUACUCCAGUAUGCCCGCCGACACCCCGCCUGCGAUCAAGCUCAAUGGUGCUAUAGAGCCCACCACCAUGAGCGCUCAACCCUCGGCGGAGAGCAGUCGUAACCCUUCAGAGCGGCCACUCCCACUCGCGCGCAAUGACACGACCUACUCCAAAUUCUCUUUGAUGUCGAUCCCGCCAGAAGGGUCCAUCUUGACCGGAAAGCAGGAACAUUACCUCAAGCGCGAACUCAUUUCCCAGCAGACCAAAUACGAAAUCUCCGAGCUUUCGUCGCCCACAGCCCUGAGGCGCUUCGGCGCACCCUUCCGCUCAGAUGCGGGCGAGGUCGCCCCAGAAGACUCCGAACUCCCCCUCCUCCGCUACAUAUUCGUACACCACGUCCGAAACUUUCCAUUCCUAGAUAAGGCCAAGGAGAAGGAGUUCUGGCAGGAUAAACUUCAGGUUUUUCUUGAAUCCUUUGCGAGCAAAGACAUUUCGUCCUCGGAAGAUCGACUGGAGGAGACAAAGAGGAAAAAAUUGGCGCUGAAAGCAGAGAAGCUGGUGGAGCUUAUGAUGGUCUCAGGCAUCCCCACCGCGUCUGGCUACGAGGAGAGGAUUCGCUUCGCAGAAAUGGAGAUAGUAGAUCGGCAAGCGAACGAGCAGGGUCUCACCAUGAAUGCGCCGAGCGGACAUUUCAUCAAUGGUUGGGAUGUCAAUGUCGCGGGCGUGAGAACUACAUCGGUGAAGAAGCAUGUUCGCUACCAUACGCAUGCGGAAUACCUUAUCAGAGUAAAACAAGGCGGAGAUAAAGACUUCUACGUCGGCCGUCGAUACCAAGAUUUUGUCCAGUUGCACAAGCGAAUACGCCUAGAGCUUCCGGGCAAAGUACUCACUCCACUACCACGAAAGAACAAAAAGGACGGGCUUCUCCAAUCGAGUGUUGAUGACGAUGAUGUGAGCUCUAUCUCAUCAGGCUCUACUCAAGAACCUCCACCAGAGCCAUACGAGAGUAGCGGCGGCGGCGGAGGGCUACGGAGCUAUCUUUGGGGCGGAGCGCACAAGAGAAAUAGUUCGCAAACGUCAUUGGGGAGGUCGAACUCGCCUAGGGCAUCUGGUGAACGUUUAGCAUACAAGCAGCCUCGGAAACUGUACCGAGAAGAGCAACGUGUGUCUCUUCGGGCGUUCCUUCGAAGUUUCUUGCACAUUGAGAGAAUCGCGCAAUCAAAUGCCAUGGCCGACUUCCUUUCACGGGAUCCCAUCGAAGUCAACGAGGAAGAGAUGGAAGACAUUGAAAGGAGAGAAGACAUGGAUAAGAAGCGCAUAGAAGAGCAAAGGCAAUUCUAUGAAGUCGCUCGACAACGAGCAGCAGAGCUUGACAUACACAUGGAGAAGUUCAGGAGAGAGAUCGUGGAAAGCAAUGGCUUGUCACAUCUUUUCCAGGAGAUCAGGGUCAAGAACACCAUCAGAGAGCUCAAGCCCGAGUACCAGAAGUUUGCAGAGUGGCUACGGAUAGAAGUGGCUGCCACCAUCUACCACCUCUUCCUUGCAGAGGACAAUUCGCCGGAGCUCUUCGCGCAAGCGAAACGGAUACACUCUCUUGUUCCCUAUGGUGUACUCAAGAACGUCAUCCGAAUCGCCAACCCUGCAGCUGUGAUGAGCGGAGUACUGGAUCUCUUCCUUGCGCAACCUUUCGGAGCCAGAUCUCUCCUGCAGCGGAUAUUCGGUAUGGCCAUUAAUGAUGGUGUCAACUCUGUUCAGAAGACGAUUGAUACACUCGCAUCAACAAAGAUCAAAGAUGAAGUUCUUUGCGCCAAGAUCAAAGCAUAUGUUCAGGCAGAUGAGGAUGUGAAGGAAAUAAUACGACAGGAAGCCGCAAACGAAAACGUCGAUGUCGUAGUGACCAUCCUACGCUCGGAGUUCUUCCAACCAGAACUAAGCCCACAGCAAGUGGAGAAGGUGUUCAAUGCUUACGUUGCUUGGAACAACGCGGUCGAAAAUGUGAGAUCGAGUCGUUUGAGCAGAAAAACGAGCAGCCGGAGUAACUUCAGCACGAGUACUAACGCGGCCGCUCAGAUUGAAAAAGAACUGCGGUCUGGCGCUGAGCUCUUCGCGCACUUGAAGCAAUAUCUCAAGCUCUGUCUCAGACAAAGAGAUAAGCUUAUGAUGCUACAAAUCAUUGAGGAGCCCACAACCCUGCAGCUUUUCAGGGACCUCUUCACCAUCUUUUAUGAACCCCUGGUCCGCGUUUACAAGUCAGCAAAUGUAUACAAUAGCAUCACUGAUUUCGCCAUGUUCGCCGACGACACCAUCAAGACCAUCGAAGCCUGCCAGCGUCAGGAAGUCUCUGCCGACCCCAACCAGACUGUACAGGCCUUCAUCGACUUGUGCGCCCGUCACGAAGACAACUUCUACAAAUUUGUUCACGAAGUACAUAAGCACGACAAUGGCCUCUUCGACCAGCUCAUGGGCUGGUUAGAAGGCAUUCUUGACUUCUUGCGUCACGGGCCUGGUGGCGGCAACAAAUUAGACAUGAACGCGCUAUUCCAGGGCGGCAUGGACUCAAACGUGAUCGACAAGAACAAGGCGAUUAGGGAGAUUAACCUGUUGAUCAAGUGGCAGACCGCGCGGAAGAAGUGGCAUGCGGAUAAGACGAGGCAGAAGAUGGCGAGUGGUGGUGAUGAGCCAGACCCGCUAAUGGGCGGUAUUGCUGGUUUCAAGUCGAGCGAUUUCGGGCUCAAUGAGCUUGACCUCCAAGACCUCGAACUCGAUGAUGACGCAAGCGACUCUGAGAACUCUGAAGAUAUGGACGACGCAGAUGUUGCAGAUCCCAUCGAAGCAGAGCGCAAGAGCAGAGCACGAACUGCUGAGAAGCUAAGACGGAAAGCGGGAGAGCCAAAGAAACCGCCCAUUCAGGAGCUGUUCAAGCUCAGUGAUGGGUUCAACAGCAUGCUAAGGAAUGUGCUUGCUCACUAGGCGGGUAGCGGUUGUGUGUAUGUAAUUUGGUCUGCUGCAUUGGCAUGAGAGAGUAGGCUUUGACAGUAUAACAAUGGGUUGCUGAAUACUUUCAGCAGACUAAUAGACAUUAUACUAAUUCUUUCUAACCAUGAC